AUGGUACAUUUUUUGUUCUACUUUGAAGGUCUUAUGCUAAUUUGAAAAGGAUGAACAAUGUAUUGAAGGCUUUGAUCGUAUUGCCAAAUUUGAGAAGAAAGAUGCUCCCGUUGUCACCAUGUUUAGUGGCGGUUUAGACAGCACUUAUUUGCUCUUCAAACUCCAACAGCUGGGCUUUACCAAUAUUCACGCUAUUGCCGUAGAUGUUGGAGCUCCUAUCGACGAGGUAGACCUGACCAAGAACGCCGCCCAUUUUGGUGCCAAAUUCAAUUGUAUUGACGGUCGUGAGUUGUUUGUGAAAGAUGGCGUUAUGCCAGCCAUCCGCGCUCACGCGAAAUACUUGGGGAUGUACCCAGUGAGCAGUUCACUCACCCGCCCAAUCAUCGCUCGUUUGAUCACAGACUACGCCAAAUCCUUGAAUGCGGGUCUACUACUUCAUACAGCGAACUUGUCACAGAACAGUUUGCCUCGACUCAAUAACAGCAUUCGACGCUGUGGUUUCUCUGGAGAGUUUGGAAGUCCGUAUGUUCACUCAGUUGUUUCGCGAGAGAAGAAGGCAGAAGAACUCGCAGCAGCCGGAUUGACUAUUAUGUCUGACCGAAAACUGAGCGGCGAUGAAAAUCUAUGGUGCCGGGAGUUCGAAGACGGUCCGUUGAAUGACCCAGAAGGUUUCUCAAUUCCAGAAGAUGCCUAUGAAUGGACGCGAUCUCUCAGUAAUGAUAUGACCGAAAAGAUCAAACUUACGUUAAAGUUUGAGAACGGCAACCUCGUUUCUGUCAACGAAGAUAAACUUCCCCUUAUUGAAGCCAUCGCUUGGCUGAACAAGGAAGUGGGGAGAUUCGGUCACGGCCGAUUCGUUGGACUUGAGCCUUUGUCAACAGAUCACAAGGUUUUAGAGGUUCGCGAAGCUCCUGCCGCUGCCAUUAUUAUGGACGCUCUUCGUCACCUUGAAGUCGCUACACUUGAUUCCAACUCGCUAGACUUGAAGCAACAACUGGAACAGAAUUGGGUCCGAGAAGUAAUUGCUGGUCACUGGGGAAGCAUGUGCCAUACUAUGUGCGGCGCUGCCAUUGCUUCAUCUUUGAAUGCCGUGAAUGGAAGUGUAACCUACAAUAUUGAUCACAGGCGUUACCUUCCAUGCUCUAUUGUGGCGCAGAAUUCUUGUUAUGUCAGAAGUCGGGAUGACUGGGAAAAAGAACAGUCAGAGCUCCUGUUCGGAAGAAGGAAGUGA